AUGGCAACCCAGGCUAAUGUGUCGCCUCACAACUCGGAGCUCACGCUCCAGAACCAAGCCCAGAACCCUAACCAGAACGAGGCUGGUUACAACAACGAAAAGUCGGAUCUGGAAGAUGGUAGCACGCAGCCUGAGCCAGCUGGUCAAGGUCAUGGCCAUGGCCCGCCGCCACCUGAUGGUGGUCUUGCAGCAUGGCUUGUUGUUCUUGGCGCGUGGUGUACAUCGUUCUGCAGUUUUGGUUGGAUCAACAGUGUCGGCGUUUUUCAGGAAUACUACCAGAACGAUCUUCUCAAGGGGUACUCGUCGAGCACCAUUGCAUGGAUUCCCUCACUGCAAAUCUUCUUCAUCAUGGCCAUGGGUCCGAUCAUCGGCACGCUGUAUGAUAAAUAUGGGCCUCGAUGGCUCAUUCUUGGUGGAAGCUUGAUGCAUGUUUUCGGCAUUAUGAUGACAUCCAUCAGUACCAAGUACUACCAGAUUCUUCUGUCUCAAGGUGUAUGCUCAGCCAUUGGUGUCUCAGCCAUCUUCCAGCCAGCCCUAUCGACGAUUCACGCAUGGUUCUCCACCAACACAGGAGCUGCCUUUGGUAUACUUGCAACUGGCUCCAGUAUCGGGGGUGUCAUCUUCCCCAUCAUGGUCAGCCACCUCAUCAAGUCACAGGGAUUCGGCUGGACCAUGCGAAUCUGUGCCUUUAUGAUGCUUGGUCUCCUCGUCAUCGCCAACCUCACCGUCAGGUCGCUCCACCCGCCGAAUCCUCAGAAGAUCACCCGUGCCCAGCUGGCCAAGCCUUUCACCGAGCCCGAAUUCAUCCUUGUCACGCUCGGAUUCUUCUUUUUUACCUAUGGCAUGUUCGUCCCCAUCGACUACCUACCCCUUCAGGCACUUCAUGCUGGAGUGGACGCGAACCUCGAUCAGUAUCUGAUCCCUAUCCUGAAUGCUGCCAGUCUCUUUGGCCGUCUUGGUUCGGGAAUUGUUGGUGAUAAGAUCGGCCGUUACAACGUCUUCAUUGUUGUUGGCUCACUUUCCGCUCUUUGGAUUCUUGCCCUUUGGAUUCCUUGCAACACACAAGACGGCAUUAUUGCAUUUGCCGCUUUGUUUGGUUUCUGCUCCGGUGCUUACAUCUCCUUGAUUGCACCUCUUGUUGCUCAGAUCUCUCCUCUCCCGGAGAUUGGAUUCCGUACCGGCAUAGUGUUGUGUCUCUCCUCCAUCAGUGGACUUACCACCAACCCCAUCAACGGUUCUAUCCUUGAUAAGCCAACUGGUUGGCUCGGAGUCAAGAUCUUUGCCGGCGUAUUCUGCGCGGUGGGAACUGCUUGCAUCCUUGCUGCAAGAGUCCAUCGUGUUGGAUGGAAGAUCACGGCUACCUUCUAA